GAGCACAUUAUUAGGUAUUUAUAGAAUUUGAUGCAUUGUGUGUUCAGAGAUGCUCUUCUGCAUACCACUGUUGUAAUGUGUGGUUAUUUGUAUUACUGAAACUUUCCUGUCAGCUUUGACCAGUCUGGCCGUUCUCCAUGGACCUCUCUCAUUAACAAGGCAUUUUAGUGGCCACAUGAUUGGCUUAUUAACUAUUUGCAUUAACAAGCUGGUGUACAGGUGUACCUAAUAAAGUGCUCACUGUGAGUAUACUCUUUUUGCAUGGUAGUGAUAAUACUAAUUUGACAUCAAAAUAGUCACAAGGUAUACUUGAUAAAAGAAAAGAAACACCAGACCACAAAUGAUACCGCAGACUGCCUUUAGAGCAGGGGAGAUAAAGAGACACUUAAUUAUGGGGUGCCAAAUGCAACAUAAAAUGCAAUUAUUUAACAAGCAUGUCCCCCACCUUUAACCCAAAUAUUUCUCACAUUUAUUCCAAACAUUUGCCCUAUAUGUCCUACAUUAUGUUUCAUAUGAUAGGUCUAAACAUUACAUAUGCUAUCCGAAAACUAUGUAAAAUAAAGAUUCAAAUCUAAAUGCAGGCAUCAUUCAAACACAUCAAAGCAAUCAUUGUGGAGCGAACAAUAAUGCUCUACUGCUCUGCCAAUGAGAUGAUCCUUAUCUUGUUGCAUGUCGUGUCGAGUCAACUUAUCUCUUAAAGAGGGGGCAGAUCAGACCGUGAAUCAACCAGUUGUAGAACAUGUAGGGCCUCACUUGUUGUAGGCUACUGAGACACACCCCUGGAGUAUACAGCUCUCCUGACUGGACAGACCGGUUCAGGAAUGUCUGUGUGAAAGGCUUCGUCAGUGUUUGUGAAAACUGAGCACGUGUUUAUCAUGCUCUCCUUUGGAUAAGGAAAAUCACAUCCGAUAUGGCUGAGUUACUCACGCAGCCUGUCUCCAUGUCAGUAUAAGAGGAGUCACAGAACAGAGGAGAAGCGAGACGCAAAGUAUUUCUGGGUGUGCUACGGACGGGAGCUACACAACUAGUCAUGGCAGGCAGGAACGUGCUCAUUGUGUACGCCCACCAGAGCCCCGGCUCCUUUAACGCUGCCGCGCGCCACGUGGCGGUGGAGGCCCUGCAGCGGCAGGGCAGCCAUGUGGUGGUCUCUGACCUGUACGCCAUGGACUUCAGAGCCUCUGCCACCGUGCAGGACAUCACUGAUGAGCCAAGGAACCCAGAGCACUUCUGCUAUGGUGACGAAACCAUGUGGGCGUGGCAGGAGGGGCGGCUGAGUGAUGACAUCAAGGAGGAGCAACGCAAAGUGGAGGAGGCCGAACUCAUCAUCUUCCAGUUUCCCAUGUAUUGGUUCAGUGUGCCCGCUAUCCUGAAGGGCUGGAUCGACAGAGUGCUGGCUCAAGGCUUUGCCUUUUCUAUGGAGAAGAUGUACAACAACGGUGUAUUCAAGGAUAAGAAAGCGAUGCUAUCAUUCACAACAGGAGCACCAGAGUCAAUGUUCCUUCCAGACGGAAUCAAUGGAGACAUGAAUGUCACACUGUGGCCCUUACAGAAUGGUGUGCUGCAUUUCUGCGGGUUCCAGGUCCUGGCCCCUCAGAUUUUUUGGGCACCCACUUUCUGCCUCCCCCAAGUACGAGAUGCCAUGCUGGAGGGGUGGUGGGCGAGGCUGCAGGGGCUGUGGGAGGAGGCGCCUCUCACUUUUGUCCCCUCCGAGUAUUUCGACCUGAGUUUCACCGGGGGGUACCGACUCUGGCCUCACCUGAAGGAGGAACGAGGAGGGGACGCUUACGGCCUCACCACGGGACACCAUCUGGGGAAACCCCUCCCCCCGGACAACCAGAUAAAGGCUGUGAGCCUGAAGGACCAGGCCAGAGCCAUACCCCCGGAGGACCAUGCACAUUCUAAGAACGGACAGUAGUAUGGUUCUCAUGGCAACACAGCGUUGUUGUGAUGUACAAUUAUAUUCUUAGGUUGCAACUGUUGUCUUCUGUAAAUCAAUUGAAUUGUAAUGUACAUCGUACUGUAGUCACACCAUUCAUUAUAUAUAUACUUUUGUUUAUAUUAUAUUAUAUUUUAUUAUGUCAUAUCAUAUCAUAUCAUAUCAUGUUAUAUGAUAUUAUAUCAUUACAUGUUUUUGUUUAGCAGGUGCUUUGGUCCAGGCAGAACCACUAGCUAAGUGUGUGUGUGUUCUUAUGGGACAAAAGAUCAGAAAGAGAAUUACCAAUGCCAUUAAAUCAAAUCUGUCGGAACAUGUACUGUAAAUUGGGCAUCACAGAUGCAUCACAGUGCAUCGGGGUGGUUAUAAAGGCUGAAUGAGCUAUAUGUACAGACAAAGGUUUGAAUGCUUGGGCUUUGUUUGAAAUAAUCACCUGUGCCCCAAAAUUA